AACAUUGGGCUCGAUCUCCUUGGAGACUAUGUAGUGGAGAGUGAACGAAAUAGGACUUCAGAACGGGAUCAUGGCGGCGCCGUUUGGGCGCGACACCUUACCUGAGCAAUGGUCUUUCGGUGUCUGCGGAGAUGGCAGAGUGUUUUUCGUUCACGAUGAAACGAGCACCACUACUUGGCUCCAUCCGCGAACGGGCGAACCUGUCAAUUCCGGACAUAUGAUACGGUCAGAUUUACCUCGAGGAUGGGAAGAGGGUUUCACGGACGAAGGGGCCGGCUACUUCAUAAACCAUAACCAGAGGACCACGUCGUUCCGGCACCCCGUGACGGGACAGGUGUCUCGGGAGAACGUGGAUUUUAUCCUCCAAGAACAGCCAGGUGGCCGUAUGUCCAACCCCCAGCAGGCCGACUUGAGGCUUUCCAGCACCAUCAGCGAGGCUUCCACUGUGGACACCGCUUCAGGGUCAAAGGGCUCCAGGUCCAGUGGGAGGGUGCUACAUUUUGGGAAGCGAGAGCAGUCUAUCAAGAGGAACCCCAACGUCCCAGUGGUGGUGAGAGGAUGGCUCUACAAACAGGACAGCUCUGGGAUGAGGCUUUGGAAGAGGAAGUGGUUUGUGUUGGCUGACUACUGCCUGUUCUACUACAAAGACAGUAGGGAAGAGUCAGUCCUGGGUAGUAUUCCUCUGCCCAGCUAUGUCAUCUCAGCCGUGGAACCUGAAGACCACAUCAUCCGCAAGUACGCCUUCAAGGCCAGCCACACAGGCAUGCGCUCAUAUAUUUACAACCGGAGCUCUGUGAUUGGCUCGCAGGCGGAGCACAGCGGCAUGCGGACCUAUUUCUUCAGUGCCGACACACAAGAAGACAUGAACGGUUGGGUGAAGGCCAUGAACCAGGCGGCGCUGAUGCAGAACCACACCGCCAGCCUCAAGAGACCUUCGGAAACAUCGGAGAUAUCGGAAAUGCCCAGCGUGUCAGAGCGCCAGGCAGUACCACAAACCAACCACGUCAACAACUACACUGAGACCGCCCCCCAUCCCCCAGUUGACCUCCAUCUCCAUAGCGAUGGGGUGGUCCUCCAACCGGCUGACAUCCACCGAGAAACCGAGCAGCACUGUAGCUUCUGGAACGACACUCCCAAUCCCAUUGCUUCAGAAAUUGUCCUUGGUGGUGGGAACAUGGAAAUUGAAAUGGACGCCAUCCCUCCUAACAGUCGCUCUCCCCUUCCACCAUACUCAGCCUCUUCAACUACAUCUGCGCCCUCCUCCAGGGCACAAAUGCGCGCCCCGUCGUACACCACCUCAACCCUACCCCCCGGGGCCUGUCUGAGGAACGGGACACCCACCCUGGAGCCCAACGGGAUGGGGACGGGGACGUACCAGAGGGCCACCCUGCCCCCCCAGGUGAUGGAUACUCACAGGCAGGUGCAGAGGAGGAGUGCCCUGGAGCAGGUGGAACACUGGGUCAAGGUGCAGAGGGUCGAGCACAAAGGUACCCCCUCUAGAGGGAGCACCCUGCCCCGCCACACCCCUCCGACCCAGCCCACAUUCAUCGGCCUGGAGGCCUACCAGACACUACCAAAGACCCCACGCCACAGCCCCCCCACGGCUGCACGCCACGGGGAGUACAAAUACGCCCAGGACCGCCUUAGCCACUUCCGCCUCGGACCCCCGAACUCCCAGGGUACCGUUGCCAGGGACGGGGGUGGCAUCGGUGGGCCUGGCACCGUAUGGCAGCUGUAUGAGUGGCAGCAGCGCCACCAGUUCCGCCACGGCAGCCCCACCGCCCUCUACACACCUUCCCCGGACUACCCCUUCGGGCACCGGCCCCCUCCACGGUCCCCCCCAGCCCCACGGCCCAGCUCCGAGGUGCCCCGCUGUGUGUCGGUACCCCCUGAUCCCUCUGACAUCCCCCCACUGGGACCCCCACGGGGCUCCAGGGCCCUGUCCCCCCCGCGGAGGCCCCAUAUGCCUGCUGACCGGGUGGUAGUAUUGCCCCUGGGAGAGAGGCCAGCGCUGGAUGUGCCUGUGGCUGGGUCCCCCCGGAGAGCCAAGUCUCAGCUGCUCAACGCUGCCACCAUCGACAGACGAUCCAUCCCUCCCUCCUGCUACAUCACACACACGGUCAGCGCGCCCAGCCUUCACGGGAAGACGGUUGACGAUACUUACAUGCAACUGAAGAAGGACCUGGAGUAUCUAGACUUGAAGGUGGUUGGAAAUCAGUCGUUGAAAGAAGUGACGAAACCUGUCAAAAUAGCUGAGAGUGACGUUGAUGUGAAACUCAGUGGGUUAUGUGAGCAGGACAAGAACCUGAAGGAACUGGAGGUCCAGAUCAGCUCCCUGAAGAACAAUAAGGACAAGCUGGAGUCGGUUCUGGACCUGUCCCGCCAACAGAUGGAGCAGUACAGAGACCGGCCGGCCCACCUGGAAAAGAUAGCCUACCAGCAGAGACUCCUACAGGAGGACGUGGUGCACAUCAGGGCCCAGAUCUCCAGAGUGUCCACGGAGAUGUCCCGUGCCUGGGAGGAGUACAGCAGGCUAGAGAGCUCAGUGGAACAGCUGAGGACCACGCUACAGACCACCAUGAACUACAGCACCACCUCUCAGCGGGAGAAAUCGGAGAUAAAGCGGGAGCUGUGGAGAAUGGAAGAUGUGAUGGCAGGGCUGAGCGCCAGCAAAGCCAACUACAAGAUCACCAUCAACUCAGUGCAGAACCCAGAGAGGAAACUAGUGCCUUCGGUGUUGGACCCUGCAGUGCCUUCCCAGUGCCCUACACCCCCACUAGGGGAGGUUAGGCCCCCUCCUCUCAGCUCCUACAUACUGCCUCACAACCCUGUGCCAAAGUGGGCAGAAGAUGAGGCUCCUCCCAGGCCACCCCUGCCCCGCCUUUACGACUAUGAAGACCCGCCCCCCACCAUCCCACCCCUCCCCAAAGAGACAGCAGCGGUCGUAAGACACACGUCGGUUCGAGGGCUCAAACGCCAGUCAGACGAGCGGAAGAGAGACCGUGAGGUCGGAGGGUGUGUCAACGGAGACUGUAAGGUGGAGCUGCGGUCGUACCUCAGUGAACCAGAGCUGCCGGGGAUGGUCCGGAGCAGCAUAGGGUCUGAGGGGGGCUACCAGACCCUCCCAAACAAAGGUCUGUCAGGCUCAUCGUCGCAGCUGAACCAAUCCAGUAAUAUCUCCUCCUACGUGACCCUAAGGAGGGGAGUGGCUGGCUCAGCAGGGAGGGAGAGACCUAAGAGUGCCUUGGAGCAGCUGUACUCUUCCGAUCAGCAGCCCCAGUCUCUGGCCCAGGCCCCCCGGAGCCGCAUGAGUGCUGAGGAGCAGCUGGAGCGUAUGAAGAGACACCAGAGGGCCCUGGUCCGUGAGCGCAAGAGGAACCUCAGCCAGGGAGAACGUCACUCCACCACCCAUCGUUCCUCAUCCACUACCAGGCCUCUCUCGUCCACUGACCUGAGCUCAUGGAGGCGAGAGCAGCAGGACUUUGAUUUGCAGCAGGAGCAGAAAGCUCAGGUGGUGGAGCGACUGGGUGCCGAGGGCCAGAGCGACGAGGGGCGUAGAGAGCUGAAGGAAAGGGAGAGGAUCCAAUCAGAUGAGUGGCUCACGGUGAUGGCCACGCCCAUGAGGGGGACUGACAUGGAGCCCCUCGACUACGACCUGAACCUCAGUCGUGAGCUGUCCAAGCCCCAGAAAGUGCCUAUCUCAGAGCGCUAUGUGGAGUCAGACCCCGGGGAGCCUCUGAGCCAGGAGCAGAUGGAGGAGCGUCAACGCAGAGCAGAACGCAUCAUAAACAUCCUGGCCAAAUCCAAUGUUCAGAACACACAUCUGUCGUCUGGUGUGGCUGUCCCACUGGACUUUACUGAUCUGGACCUAGCCAUGCAGCAGCAGAAGAGGAUUAUGAAUGUGUCUCACGCCUUGGCCUCUGAAGCCUCCAUCAAGAGCAAGCAGUUCACAGCCAAAGCUCAGCUGAGCACUGACUGACCAUUGACACAGACGCCAAGACACCGACAGGACAUCCGUGAAUGAAAAUAGUUGAUGGGCAAAGGAUCUAAUACUAAUCAUUUUCAGCAAUUAAUGCCAGAGUGAUGUUUUAUCAUACUUUUUAUUGGAGUUAAAACUUGAUAAUAAGGUUUUCUUUUAAAGAACCAAGAGUUAUUCGAAACUCAACAAGAGCAUUGAAACUGCGUGUACCUAAUGUUAAGUUUGAAUUGGAGUUGUGUUUUGCACUUUAAUGUUGUGUGUAAUUGUUAACACUAAUAGUUUUUGCAACUGAAUCAUUAGCUGUGUUUUUGAAGUGUGGUCUAUAUUUCUAAAACAAGUUCUAAGCAAUGUUUUAUAGGUUGUUGAGAUGGAAAUGUAAUUAUGACAUGAAUCAUAUAUUUAUUUUAUUUUGACUAAUGAAAGACAAUCUUGCACCAAAUUACAACCUUUGUAGCUCAGCACUGCCAUGUAACGCUUUUGCCAAUCAACUGUAUUGUAUUAUGUGUAAUUUAAAAGGGAAAUAAACCAUAAUGAUGUUUUCUGGAAAUAAAGGUUUAAACAAAACAUGUUA